AUGUCUUCCAUCGGACCCCAGUUACCACCACAUCUUCAAAAGCGCAAGCGCAUACCAGAAGACGACGGCCUCCUAGCAUCUCCUCCACCCAAAGUCUCGCGACGUGACAACGAUGAUGAAAUACCCCUAGAUGACGACUCCGACGAUGGGUUUGGUCCCGGCGCACCACCUCCCACAAAGUCAUCAAUAGGACCGUCGCUCCCCCCAUCAGAAAACCCAUCAAAUCCACUCAAUCCCACCGUCGCAAAGCCAUCCAUCGGUCCCUCCCGUCCACCAGUAGGACCAACCCUCCCACCAACAAACAACGACGAGAUCCCCCUCGAUGACUCCGAUUCCGACUCCCCAGGCCCAGCCCUCCCACCCUCAUCAAAACCAUCCCCCCCACCCCGCCGAGUCCUCGGCCCCGCUCCUCCCCCAGCACCCCUCUCAACUCGCCCAACCACCAACCCCGAUUCCGACUCGGACUCAGACGACGACUACUGCCCCGCCCUCCCCGACUCCGUCCCCUCCCGCCCAACCCCCCAGGGUUCCUCCCUACCUGCCUACACGGAACCAGAAGCGGCCCCUAAACGCGACUCCUGGAUGAUAGCUCCUCCAACAGAAAGCUCUUACCGCGCCCCAGACCCAACCAAGCUCAAAGCCCGCAAAUUCAACACGGGCCCCCGCGCCGUCACAGAAUCCAAGUCUUCCUCCGGGGUAUCCUCAAUAUGGACCGAGACCCCUGAGGAAAAGCGUCGUCGCCUCGCCAAUGCCGUGCUAGGCAGAGACGACCCAUCCAACACCCCUCAACAACCCAUCGGUCCAUCAGCCGGGCCGUCAAAACGGACGGCGGAGGAUGAAGCCAGAAUCAAGUCUUAUACCGAGCAAACGAGGGGUAAGAGUCUGGUGGAGCAGCACCAGGCUAGGAAGGCUGAAAGAAAGGCAAAGAGUGGGAGUGGGAAGGAAGAGGAGGAAGAGGAUGACCCGAGCAAGAGGGCUUUUAGCUGGGAGAAGGACAUGAAGGUUGGUGGGGUGGUGAGCGGGAAGCAGAAGAGGGAGUUGUUGAACAAGGCGGCGAAUUUUGGGGGGAGGUUUCAGAAGGGAAGUUACCUCUGA